AUGAUCCUGCCCUGCGCCCUGGUGGCUGCUCUCCUGGCUGCCGGCCACGCAGCCAACCCUUGCUGCUCAAACCCGUGUCAGAACAGAGGAGUAUGCAUGACAACAGGAUUUGAUCAGUAUGAAUGUGACUGUACAAGGACAGGCUAUUAUGGCGAAAACUGUACGACACCGGAAUUCUUCACAUGGCUGAGGCUAACGUUGAAACCUUCACCAAAUAGUGUCCACUACAUCCUCACCCACUUCAAAGGAGCCUGGAAUAUCAUCAACAACAUUCCCUUUUUACGAGAUGCUAUUAUGAGAUAUGUAUUAACAUCAAGAUCACACUUGAUUGACAGCCCACCAACAUACAAUAGUGAUUAUAGUUACAAAAGCUGGGAAGCUUAUUCCAAUCUUUCCUAUUACACAAGAAGCCUUCCACCAGUAGGACUUGACUGUCCAACACCAAUGGGUGUUAAAGGUAAGAAAGAGCUCCCAGAUUCAAAGCUGAUUGUGGAGAAGUUUUUGCUAAGGAAAAAAUUUAUUCCUGACCCACAAGGCACAAAUGUGAUGUUCACAUUCUUUGCCCAACACUUCACUCAUCAGUUCUUUAAGACAGACCACAAGAAAGGACCUGGCUUCACUAAAGCUUUUGGCCAUGGGGUUGACUUGAACCAUAUUUAUGGAGAGACUCUCGAGAGACAACUUAAACUGAGACUUCUAAAGGAUGGAAAGCUAAAAUACCAGAUGAUUGAUGGAGAAAUGUAUCCACCAACGGUAAAGGACACUCAGGCAGAGAUGAUCUACCCUCCCCAUGUACCUGAACACUUGCAGUUUUCUGUCGGGCAGGAGGUGUUUGGUUUGGUCCCAGGCUUGAUGAUGUAUGCUACAAUAUGGCUGAGGGAACACAACCGGGUCUGUGACAUCCUGAAACAGGAGCAUCCAGAGUGGGAUGAUGAGCAACUGUUCCAAACUACUAGACUCAUAUUGAUAGGAGAAACAAUCAAGAUUGUUAUUGAGGACUACGUGCAACACUUGAGUGGCUACCACUUCAAACUCAAGUUUGAUCCUGAACUGCUGUUCAACCAGCAAUUUCAAUACCAGAACCGAAUUGCAGCUGAAUUCAAUACUCUCUACCACUGGCACCCACUUCUGCCUGACACUUUCCAGAUACAUGACCAGGAGUACACUUUCCAGCAGUUCCUCUACAACAACUCUAUAAUGCUGGAACAUGGCCUUUCCCAUAUGGUGAAAUCUUUCUCCAAACAAAGUGCUGGUAGGGUUGCUGGUGGGAAGAAUGUUCCUGCUGCGGUACAGAAAGUAGCAAAAGCUUCAAUUGACCAAAGCAGACAAAUGCGAUACCAGUCCUUGAAUGAGUACAGGAAACGCUUCAUGUUGAAACCAUUCAAAUCAUUCGAAGAACUUACAGGAGAAAAAGAAAUGGCAGCUGAACUCGAAGAGCUUUAUGGAGACAUUGAUGCUAUGGAGCUCUACCCAGGCCUUCUUGUAGAAAAGCCACGACCAGGUGCCAUCUUUGGUGAAACAAUGGUGGAGAUUGGAGCACCGUUCUCUCUGAAAGGACUGAUGGGAAAUGCUAUCUGCUCCCCUGAGUACUGGAAGCCUAGCACCUUUGGUGGAAAAGUGGGCUUUGACAUAAUCAAUACUGCCUCCUUACAGAAGCUCAUCUGCAACAAUGUGAAAGGCUGCCCUUUCACUGCUUUCCACAUCUUAAAUCCUGAACCCACAGAGGCAACUAUUAAUGUUAGUACCUCAAAAACAGCAAUGGAAGAUAUCAACCCCACACUACUACUGAAAGAGCGGUCUGCUGAGUUGUAAAAAUCCAUCUAUUUAUUUAAAUAAUUUAUUCUAUUUAUGGCUUAAAGUGUUUAAAAACAAAAAACCUUGAGCAUCUUCAUUGUGGGGGUUGCCCUAGAUUCCUUACUUGGGUAAGGCUUCCAUUUACGAAAGGGAUUUUCUGUGUUUGAGCUCUACAGUGGUGAAUCCCUUGUUUAAAGUCUUCUGUAACAGAACUAUGUAUUCCAAAGUGGACAAAGGUUCCAACUUUUUUUUAAUGUUGUUUUAAUACUUGACAAAGGGUGUUGCUGUUUUUUGUGUUUUCACUUGAUAGGUCACAUAACACUACCAAAGCAAGUUACUGCCUCAGCAACUUUCUAAACUUGAAAACAGGCCAUUGAACUAAAAGUACAAGAAAAAUUUGACUUAAUGAAAACUGCUGGAAAAG